AUGUUCUCCCCGCUGGCUCUCUUUGACAAUCCCUACCAAGAUGAACGAACCCACACCGCAAGCAACGCCAUCAACGACCACCGCUCCAUGACCUAUCCCGACCGCCUGGCCACCUUCUCCGGCUACUGGGACAACCAUCAGACCGCCGCACGCCAACUCGCCGCCCUGGGCCACAUCUGCGACCGUCCGCCGAUCGAAGCCAUAGAAGAAGGCUCCCAUUGCAUCUCCUGCAACAUCUUCGUCCCCAAAGCCCAAUCCAUCCGCGCCCUGGAAGGUCCCCUCUGCAGAACCACGUCCAACGGCGACAACGCACCCACAAUCCCCAACCUGCACCACCCCAACUGUCUCCGCCUCCAGGUCCGCAUCCCGCUGGAAAACCAAACCGUCCUCACCGGCUCCCUAUCCGGCUACCAUCAUCAUCAUCAGCAUCAUCAUCAUCGUAUACGGAACAAUCACACGACUUCUGGGCAAGACAGCAUCGACAAACGACACCCCCCUUCUUCCCCUCCCCAGCAUCCCAACCCCCAACCUCAGCAGAGUCCCUUCUUCUCCCUCCCCACCGAACUCCGUCUGCAGAUCUACGCCUACAUCCUCCCCCAAAUGGCCCCGACAACGCACAUGCUGCCCCGGACCCGCGAUUCCACAACCCUCACCACCCACAUGGCCUACCAACAAAACCUCUCCUCCUCCUCCUCCUCCUCCCAUUCCCCCUCCACCCUCCCCCUCCUCUCCACCUGCCGCGCAAUCCACACCGAAGCCCUCCCCCUCCUCUUCCCCCCGACAACAACCUACCGCCUCCCCAGCACAAAAGAGGGCUACCUCUUCCUGCGCCACCUCGGCCACGCCGGCCGCCAGCACUUGCACUCCGUCGACGUCGCCUGCGGCCAGCGCGAAGACGCCGUCGCCUUCGCCCUGCUCGCCAGCUGCCCCCGGCUCCGCAAUCUCACGAUCCGCCUGCCCCGCCCGGUGCUCCUCCCGCCGCUGCCGCGCCUGUGGGUCCUCGACGGCGUCGCCUGUCUGCUGGAAUUACACGGCCUGGAGAGCGUGACGUUCGGCCCGUGUGGUGGCAUGUUGCCGGGUCUGGAUGAGAGCAAGGCGGAUGCCGUCCUUUUGAGGGAGAAAUUGAUGAGGCCCCGUGGCCAGGGGAGUGGGAGUGGCGUGCGUUGGGUCGAUGGGUAUCUGGAUCUUUAA